AUGUCGCAACGAAAUGUCAUAUCGUUGUUUGUCCUCGUGGUGUUGUCUGUGAUCUUUGUUCAGGCCGCAACAGGGGCUACAAGCUGCGAACCCUCUUUCGAAAAGAGCGAUGAAACCUUGCAAAGGAAUGCGCGGGCCGCCGCAUUAGAUGGGUCUAAAGAAAGCACUGUGAAGGAUCCCGAGCUGGAGACGGACGGGAGACAAACUUUUUUCCCCGUUUCGGGUACUCUUUACAACACAACACUCAACAAGGUCUUGGAAGAUCAGCUCAACGGUUGGAGAAUCCUGGCAUGGGCCUUCAACUACUGGGAUUCAUGGUACGAGGACUGGACCGUCCAGGAAGAGAGCAGCAUCGGAUCCCCCGACUACCUCCACGAGAUCCAGACAGACCUGAACGGCUACGCUCAGCAAGCUUUCCCAUGCAACGAGUCGUCGCCAACUUAUGGCUCUGAUUUCAUCUCCGCCGUCAACGACACCCUCGGCUUAAACGGAACCUCUGAUGUCCCACGAGAUCUGAACAAGGUCACCUCGGAACUGAGGAGAAUGCUUGCCGAAAGUCUGCAAAGCGCCAAGGACCGAGCUGCUAUUCUGCGCCAUUUCGUUGCAGCCUCUUACAUGGGUGUGGGCUUCGACGCGCCCAAAGCUUGCCGUGCCGCUGUGAACGAGUAUUUGGACACCGCAAGCGAGUGGGAUAAGGCGGGCGCCAGUGCGGCAGGCACAUUGCUGACGCUUCUUCCAUCGCUUCUAACGCUGGGAAACUUAUAUGUUCCAAAGUUUGCUGAAGCUGCCGCUGCCGGUGUCUUUGUUUCCGGGGCGUCCGCGGUAUCUACGUUGGGCCUGCCCGUAAAGUCUAUAUCAGUUAUUGGGUCACGGCAUCGGUUUGAUACGCGAUCUUUCAGCAGCUUCGGCAAAGAAAGCAUGGCCCGGCUGGGACGCCGCAUGAAUUUCGAGUCUCACCGAGCGCGCUACAAGAUAAGGAUGAAGACCCUUCAGGCAUGGUACGCGGCUCCGGGCCUGGCCUGGGCUGAGGACCCCAGAGAUGAGUACAUCGAACCAACGCGUUUGAACGACUACACCAGAGAGGGAGAAUCGUGCGAGAACAUGUUUUGGAAGAUCAAGUCCCGUGUGAUAGAAGGCUGGCCGGAAAGGGAGCCUUUCGCGCCGCUAAUGGACUCGUCAACGGUUUUAAUCAGCUAUUUCAUCACGUUUUUCGGCACUCUCCUCUUCAGUAGUGCAGGCAUCCCGAUGGGGCUCAACUCAUGCGACACACGCUACUACUCCAUCUGGCUCAUCUGCGGCACGGUCCUCAGCACCUUCGGCAAGCUCUACAGAUUCGGCCAGCGUGGCCACCAAAUCUUCAAAUUCUACCCCCUCUCCCCGCUCGCCCAAUCAACCCUCACCGCCAACCUCACCCUCCCCCACAGCGCCACCGACAAUAUGACCGAAACCUCCCUCCCGCCCCUCACCACGCGCACGCGCCUGACGCGCUCCUCGCUCAAGCAGCUCGCCGCGACGGGCAACAACAACAACAGCAGCUACCUCCGGCCGCAACACGGCCCCCUCUACUCAACACGCAGCCUCUUCUUCCGCACGCGGCGCUCGACACCCGCACUACCGCGCCUACGACCGCUCACAGUACUACUACACGCGAGCGACGAGGCGAGCGCGCAGCGCAGCCCGGCGCACCACGUCGUGUCAGGCCUGUUCGCGGGACUGGUCUUCAUCGCGCUGACGUUCCUGUUCGGCGCGCAGUGGGGCGGCAACCUCGUCGUCGUCUUCUACACCGUCGUCGCGUUUCUGUUUGUCGUCGCCGUCGCGCGCGGCUUGUGCGUGUGGUUGGUGUGGCGGCUAAGCCGGAAGGCUGGGUUGCAUGUCAUCGAGUGCGCGGGGGCGGGUGAGGAAGGAGAGGACGCGGAGGGCGACGAGAUGGCGGGCGUGGCGAGGGUGUUGGCGAGCAUGACGGAUGUGCUGGUGGUGAGCGGCGACGGGCGGAGUUAUUACUACGAUGGCGUGUUGUUGAAUGAGAGGGAGUGGUGGGAGGGGUGGCGGAAGGACUAUGUGGCGGGUAAGCUGGAUGGCGAUGAGGUCGGUGGUGAUGUUGAGCAAGGACAGCGUGAGAAUGGGCAGAAGGCCUCGACGGCAGCGAGAGAGACGGCGUUGAUGGGGAUGACGGAACUACCGCAGAGGUUACAGUAG